AUGGACAUAGGAGAGGAAAGAUCUCUUGAACAUACGCCAACAUGGGCUAUCUCAAUAUUUUGCUGCUUCUUCCUUAUCAUAUCAAUAAUCAUUGAUGGCGGUCUCCACAAAUUGACUGAGCUUCUCAGGAAAAGAAAAAGAAAAUCUCUGGGGAAGGCUUUGACUAAAACCAAAACAGAGAUGAUGAAAUUCGGUUUCAUGUCAUUUCUUCUCACAAUAUUGAAAGUGCCCAUAUCCAAAAUCUGCAUCAACAAGGCAGUGGCAAAUUCAUUCCUCCCAUGUAAAGAUUCUGUGAACUCAACAGGAUUAACGUCGCCCUCAGCAACUCCAAAUCAGGUCAAUUACUGUGAAGCAAGGGGCAUGGUUAGUUUAGUUUCAAGUGAUGGGAUUCUGCAGCUAAAUAUAUUCAUAUCCUUUUUGGCAGUGUUUCAUAUCCUGUUCUGCACAUUGACGAUGUGCCUUGGGAAGGCAAAGAUGAGAAGAUGGGAAAAAUGGGAGGACGAGACUCGAACACUUGAAUAUCGGAUGACUAACGAUUCAAGAAGGUUCCAGUACAUAGGUCAAACAUUGGUUGGCAAGCGUCAUUUGAAAUUCUGGAGUAAUUAUUGUCCCUUGCUUUGGAUGGUUUGUUUUAUUCGGCAGUUCUAUGGCUCAGUCACAAAAGAUGAUUACUUUACACUACGAAAUGGGUUCAUUGCAGCUAAUAUUUCUGUAGGCAGCAAUUUCAACUUCAAGAAAUUUCUUUCCCGCUCUUAUGAUGAAGAUUUUGAGAAGGUUGUUGGAAUCAGGCUUUGGAUCUGGAUUUUCUCCGUACUUUUCAUAUUUCUGACUGCACAUGUGUUCUAUAAUUACUACUGGCUUCCAUUUAUUCCACUUGUGGUUGCUUUGCUUGCUGGGACAAAACUGCAAGUCGUGAUAACUAAGAUGUGUGUAGAUAGUUGCAAGGAAAACCCAGUGAUCAAAGGAACUCUGCUUGUGAGACCCAAUGAUGAUUAUUUCUGGUUUCACCGACCUGAAUGGCUUCUCCAUUUACUCAAGUUCAUCCUUAUUCAGAACUCCUUUCAACUUGCAUUCUUCACCUGGACUUGGUAUGAAUUUGGUCCAAGGUCUUGCUUCAAUCGAGAAAAAGAGGACAUCGCCAUAAGGAUUGCCAUGGGUGUAGCUGUGCAGCUCCUCUGUGGAUAUGUCACUCUCCCUCUUUAUGCACUAGUUACUCAAAUGGGCUCUGGUAUGAAGAAAUCAAUUUUAACAGAAGGUGUUUCUCAAGGCCUUAAAAAUUGGCACAAAAGGACUAAGCAAUAUCUGUCUAAAAACAAUUCAACAUCAAGUAGACACUCAGAUUCUUUACGUUCCAAAGUAAGUGAAAAUUCAAAGAGAGGGUUAAGGGAGAGAAUGCAUAUCCCAGAUAAUAUGGUCAUCAUGAGCCAUCCUUCUCCUACCACCUUUGGAAGUGGAAAGGUGGAAAAGAGGAUUACACCUACUUAUGAGGAAGAGAUAUCAAGUCAUUCCACGUUAGAAAUCACAACUACUGAGGAAGAGAACCGCAAGAUCAUCACCAGAGGAACCUAUGACGGUGAGAUCUCAUUUGGAAGUAGUUGGAAGAAUGUGGGUAGUAGCAGGGGCAUUGGAGAAGUAAGUUCAAUAACUGAAGAUGAUGCUGAAAAAUUACCUUAG